CAUGGUGCUUUCUAGGUACAUUAAAGAGUAGGAAAUGACAUCUUCAUAAUGAGGAAGAAGGCAAUUCCCUCCUUCUACGUUAACGUGUCACCCUCUUGAGAGGCUACAUUGCAAGAUACAGACCCCACACACCAAUAAACAGCAGAUAAAAGAGCAGGCCCAUACAGGCGAUAAACCCUUCUCAAAUUGACAUUUUUUGAAUAAUGAAUGAGUAAUGACUACAGUCCAUUCCCGUUUGCCAUGGCAGUGAACCAGGGCAGAACCUGCCCCCUGGCCGCCUGGACUACUUGAACAAUUUACAUUGUUACACCAUUGUUGAGAAGUCGGAAUAUACACCGUGGAAAUUUAAUUAGAUAUAAUGUUUGAAACAACUUUUGGAAUAAGAUUGGCCUUAACUAAUUAGUUGAUUUUUGUAAUCAACUAAUUAAUUCGGCGCAAUUACAUUUCGCUGAAGUUGAAACGUCCGAGUUCGUACUUCGACGUAAACGCAGCAGGGUUAACUUUGUCGGUACAGUCUAUGGCAGCUGAGUCGCAAAGCACACAGGGCCAUCAGGAGCAAUGUCUACCUAUAUCCUGGGUGUAGACGUGGGCACCACUUCUGUAAAAGCUGUUUUAUUAAAAACUGGCUCCAGAGAGGUGGCUGCGAGUCACGCUUUGCCAACUACGUCUGAUAUAAUCGACAGUAGCGGGAUAAAGGCGAAAGAGCAGGAUACUGGACGGAUCAUAGACACUCUGAACCGGUGCAUCCGCCUGCUGCCCAGAGACAAACUGCAGCAUGUCAGCAGCAUCGGGCUGACAGGACAGAUGCACGGGGUUUUAUUCUGGAAAGCAAAGAGCGGUUGUGAUUGGUCCAACAGAGACUUCUUCACAGCCAGGGAUACCAGUCAGCUGAUCACCUGGCAGGAUGGGCGCUGUAGCUGUAACUUCCUGUCGUCUCUUCCAAAACCAGACUCACAUAUCAGUGUAGCCACAGGAUUUGGUUGUGCAACAAUCUUCUGGUGCAUGAAACACAGGCCCGAGUUCCUUAAGGACUUCACAGUUGCAGGUACCAUCCAGGACUAUGUGGUGUCCAUGCUGUGUGGUUUGGACAGUUGUGUUAUGACGCCUCAAAACGCAGCCAGCUGGGGCUUCUUCAACACUUCCUCCAACCAGUGGAAUAUAGACAUUCUGAAGGGUGCCGGCUUCCCUUUCCACCUGCUUCCUCAGUGUGUGCCAUCUGGUGGCUUGGCAGGACAGACGUGCUCCGACUGGCACGGUAUCCCUGCUGGUACGCCAGUAGGGGCUGCCAUGGGAGACUUCCAGUGCUCCGUCUACUCCUGCAUGGGUGCGCGGACAGAUGCAGUUCUUAACAUAAGUACCUCAGCCCAGCUGACCUUUGCCAUGCCGGCUGACUUCCAACCUCCAGAUUCUCCUGAGCCUGCCUCCUCCAUCUCCUACUUCCCCUACUUUGACAACUCGUACUUGGCGGUGGCUGCUUCACUCAAUGGAGGGAAUGUACUGGCCACUUUUGUGGAGAUGCUCUCUGCCUGGAUGAAGGAGCUUGGUGCGGAGCUGAGUGAUUCGUGCUUAUAUGAGAAGCUGAUUCAUUGCGCCCUGAAUCAGGAAACGAGUGACCUGAGUGUGAGUCCGACCAUCCUGGGAGAGAGACACAACCCUCUUUGCCUGGGUCAAGUGACCAACAUCUCCACUACCAAUCUCUCUCUGGGUCACAUGACCAGGGCACUGUGCCGCGGAAUCUUGGACAACAUCACCUCCAUGAUGCCCGCUGAGCGUCUGCAGCAGGCGGGGGUCAGCAGGAUUGUGGCCAGUGGGAGCGCCAUCGCCCGCAAUGAGGUGCUAAGGCAGGAGGUGGAGAAGGCGUUCCCUCAGCCGGUGGUAUACGGACAAAACGCGGACUCAGCUGCCGGCGUGGCCAUGGUCCUCUGCGACCUACUUUGAAUGAGAGUCAUGAUCCACAGGGGAAUCCCCUGUCUGUUUACAUGAUUAAUUGAGAGUGUUCUGAGCACCUUAUCGAACGGUAUCGCUUUGUUUAAAGAUGGAACAAUCAGGCAAACUACAUGCUACAACAUAUUUUGCUCUGUGUAAUUUAAAGGAAAAGCUGUGUUUGCCAGGACAGGGAUCAAAAGCCUUACGUAUCCUCUGACUUACUAUGUGCAAUAAGGUUUUGAAACUUUUUGGACCAAAUGAUCACAGCUAUCAAAUCCUUCAAACAUUUAAUUUGACAUUUAACAUCUAUUAGCAAUAUGCCAGGCAUUUCUGGGUCUGUUUUGUUGUUUUUAGCAGAGUGCAUUUUUAGACAACAUUAUGCCACACUAGAUUUUUAUUUUCUGCCUUUAUGCACUCAACCUUGAUACUUGGUACGCACUCUACCAGGUUAGCGAUUAAAGCAUUUUAAAAAUUAAAGUUUUCCUAAAGCUGCCUUUUUGCAAAGAUGCUCAUCAUUUAUCAGAAAAAAUCUACUCAGAGGAGCUAAUUUCUCAUCUGACAGCAGUAUACAGUGCAACAACAAAAUUAGCUGUAGACUUAAAAACCCCAGAUUUGUAAUUGCUUAGCUUUACAGUUGGUUCUGCGCCAACUCAGAUCCUGAUGAAUAAGUUCUUGCUCAUUUCCUGUGUGUUGCUGAAAGGCAUCAUUUGAAAUCUAUUAAGUGGAGAGAAAUCGCAGUGCUGCUGGAACACUUCUGAUCCAUAACAGGAUCUCUGUAUUUGAGGGUGGACAGUGUCUUUAAGUGAAACCACAGAUACUGCAUGAUGGUUUAUCAGCAAGGCCAGUGAGAUGAGGUGUAGCAACUAUUAGCAUGUUAGAAAAAUGCCUUUUCCUCUGGUAUUAUGUAAUUUUCUUUAACUUCCAUCUGUCUCGCGGUUUUUAUGUCGUUGCAUUUAAGGAGGUCUCCUCUGAGUUUGGUGUUUCCAUCUCAGCUCUCUCCUCUUCAUGUCACUUCUACAGUCUCGAGUUGCUUAAGGUGUCAAAUUGAGUUGUGUGUGUGUGUGUGAGCAUUUGUAUCUGAUGGAUCUGUUGUGUUGCACAUGUUCAGGGGCCUGUAUCACAAAGGGAGUCCAACUUAGUUUUUAAAUGCUUUUUGAAAAUAACUAUGUUCAGUAUAGAGUAACAUUUAAAUAGUAUAUAAGUUUUUGCUGCCAAAGCAUUGAGGGAAAGUGCAGAUAGUGUCCAAAAAGAGCCUUGAAGUAAAGGUGUAGCUGAACCAAAUGUGGCAUUUCUAAAAUAAUGAGCUAAUUAACAGAGUUUGUAUAUUUUCUUUUAAUAAAAAAAAGUCAGUUAUUUUACUUUUAACUUCCACUUAUCAUCUACUUGGGUCUAAAAAGAUGAAAUACCCCCAACUCACCACAUUAUCCUGAGCUGCAGAGAUGGAGUAAGACACUGACUCUGUCAUGGCUCCUGUGGGGAAUGAAAGAGAAACUUAAUAAUGCAGUUAAUAUACAUCUAUAACCACCAUCCGUUAGUCUGCUGGAGCGUCAUAUGUUUUUUAGAAGCCUUGUUUUACAUUAUUUCUCGAAUGCUUAAACACAUUUCUUGAAAUGAUGCCUCUUUUUCUCAAAACUCAACACAAAUCCACACCUUCUCACCCAAUUCCCCAAACAUAACAUCUUCAGGUCAAAAUGAAGCUCUUCACUCAAAACCCACAGUAUUACACACUGGGGAGAUAAAUUCAAAGUAAUUUUGCUUGUGGUUCUUCCCCUCAAAAAACCUUUCACAUAAUGAACACUACAAAACAAAUUACAAAUGUAUACAUUUGCACAUUUUUUGUUCCUUACUGUGCUGUACAGUAAAUCACACCAAAAAACUAAUUAUUCUGCCCCAGCGUCUUGUCUUUGGUCUGGGACAGGCCAGAGAUUCUCAUCCUCCAGCUCCUCCUCCACCCUAUUCCUGCUCCGCCCGCUUCUCCUCAUCUUCGUGCUAUCCCAUCUCCUCCUCCAACUCCCACUGUUCCUCUUCCUUCAACUCUUAUUCCUCUCCAUACUGCUCCUCCUCAUCCUCUCUGGUGUUCUCUACCUCUUUCUUCAGAUUUCUCUGGAUCCGUUGUUCCAAAACUGAAUUAACUGACUCCGGCCCCUUUAGGAGUAUACUGUUUCAGGAAGGAGACGUCACUGUUCUUUCUUUGCCUCCUCUUGAUUUUAGUCUUAAUCUUCCAUUUAGAACUUCUGCUACUCACAGAAUGGGUAGAUUUUUUAUUAUAUUAUUAUAUUUAGAAUGUUUUUAAUAUUAAUUUUGCUUUAAGUACUCAUCAGAAAAGGGUUGAUGCAGACCAUGCUGUUGAUGGCUUCAUAAAUUUUUAUGAUAAUGAGCAAAUACAGGAUUGUUUCUACCAGCAGCUGCAGCAUCUACAGCUGUAACUGGCAAUACUAAUAACAGCCAUGUGCAUUUUUCAGUCAGUCAUUAUUUAUUUCAUUACUAUUAUUAUUGAAAUUACUACAGUUAUAUGCAGUUAUUUCCCUCUCAGUGGGGCAGUAAUUCACACCUGAUGUGAUGUGAUUAUGGUACAAAUAAAACAGUAUCAACAAUU